UUUGAUCAAAUCAGUUUGAUAUGUUCUGCUGGAUUCGUCAGAACUAAUGAUGGAAAUUGAGAGAUUGAUAAGUCUUGUUCAUGAGAGAAAAGCUUUGUGGGAUUUAAAAGAAAAAUCAUAUCACAACAGAAAUGUGUCGCGGAAGAAUUGGGAACAAAUUGGAAUAGAAAUGAAUCAAAAUGUUGAAACAGUUAAAAUGAAAUGGCGAGGUUUACGAGAUACAUUUCGCAAAGAAUUACAAAAACUUUCCCAACGGAAAUCCGGUCCAGCUGGAACAUCAAAACAAUCUACAUGGCCUUAUUUGAAAAGUAUGAUGUUUCUUAAAGAUCAAUUUACUCUACGAAAAAUAAACAGCACUCUGCCCGAUGACACUGAAUUAAGUGAAGAAAUUAAUGACAUUUUUAAUGACGAAGAUAUUGAUGAUGAAACAUAUUUAAAUAUGAGAGAACCAUUAGAUCAAUCGCCAAAUAAAAGAAGUUCCCAUCAACCAUCAGCAAAACGAUCCAAAACUAAUAAUGCAAUUGAAAGACUUUUGGAAAUGGAAAAAGAUAAAAGAAAAAAUGAUGGUGCUGAGAAAAUUGUUGAAAAUGCAGAUUAUCAUUUUUUAAUGAGUUUACUGCCAUAUUUGAAAAAAGUACCAGAAGAUCGGAAAAUGUUUGUUCGCAAUAAAUUGCAACAAGUUUUUUGUGAUGAACAGAUUUUGGAACAUCGAAGUGUUUCAUCGACACCAGUUUAUAUUGUUGAUAAUAAUUCAAGUCAUUCAUUGCAUUGUAAUAAUUUGACAACGGGACAUCAUCAGCCAACGCAAUCGACACAACAUGGUGCUAAUACAAUAAGUUUAACUGAAUUUUUUCCAACAUUACAACCAAAUACAAAUCAGUGA